CAGAUACUCUUCCUGCUUGGUUUAAGUUGGUUAUUGCUGGAUAUCUUAUUGCUUCUAGUGUGUCUCAGGAACCCUCAUACUUAUAUACCCCCACAUUAAUAUCAUGGCAUACAGUAUAAAAGAGUGCAGAGUUGCUCUGCACCAGCCCUCAGAUGCUGCAGUCAGGAGUGGCUGGUGCCCUGUGCAGAGCCUCAUUCAAGCAGCAACUGACGUGUGCAAACUCGAGCCUGAAGCAAUGGAGGGCAGCAGCUCAUCCCUACCCUCCAUCAUGACAGUUUACAUCAAAGAGGAGCCUGAAGAUGAAGGAGAGGACAUAACUGUGAAGGAUGAACCACUUUGCAGUGAAGAAUAUGAGCAAACUCCACUUCCCUCAUCUUGCAAGCCAUGCAAGAAAGAGGUUCAAGUUGAGGCUCGCGAGGCCUGCACCAGCGCCUCACAGUACACUGCUGCCGUGCCUCAUAAGCAGGAUGUCUUGCCUUGCAAUGCCCAGGGCAACACUGGACAGGAUGAGUGGAUGGCAGUUUCUCCUGAAAACAAGGAAAAAAAUAUUUCUGUUGCUGAGAAAAAUAUUUCUCCAGUGCCCAAUAGAGCAGCUUUAGUCCAGGAAGUUCUCUUUGAUCAGCCUGUGGCUGAGUUCAAGUCUUUUGAGUCAAGCUUGUCCAACAAAGACAAUGGAAGAUUAGCGGAGGAAUUGCAUGAAGUUUCCUCAUCCACUGAUUCAUCCCAUUCUAAAGUUCCUUUCAAUGCCCACCAGUUAAACAAAAAUGAUUUUGGAUCUGGAUUUAAAUGCAAGUUAUGCAACCAUGUAACGUCUAUAACACAAAAUCUCCAUAGACAUUUGUUUUCUAAGCAUAGUUUGAGGGAAGGAUUCAAAUGUAAUUUGUGUGAUUAUGCUGCUGGCAGACAAACACAACUUAAAAUACACAUGUUCUCUAAACAUGGUUUAGGGAAGAGUGUUAAAUGUGAUCUGUGUGACUAUGUUACAGUUCAAAAAGAAAGUUUCCGACGUCACCUGUUUGCAAAACAUGGUUUGGGGGAAGGAUUAAAAUGCAACUUAUGUGACUAUGUAACUGGCAUACAAGCACAGCUUAAAAUGCACAUGUUCUCUAAACAUGGUUUAGGGAAGAGUGUAAAAUGUGAUCUGUGUGAAUAUGUUACUGCUCGAAAACAAAACUUAAAACGUCACCUGUUUGUAGAACAUGGUUUGGGGCAAGGAUAUAAAUGUGAACUGUGUGACCAUGUUACUGCUCAAAUACAAAAUUUCCGAAAUCAUUUGUAUUCUAAACAUAGUUUGGGGCAAGGAUUCAAAUGCAAGUUGUGUGAUUAUGCUGCUGGUAGUAAAUUUCACCUCAGCAGGCACCUUUCUUCAGAGCAUGUAUUGGGAAGCUCAAAAUGCAAGCUAUGUGAUUAUUCUGCACGUGAUAAACAUCGUUUGAAUGAGCACAUGUUUUUAAAGCACAGUCUGGGUAAAGGAUUUCAAUGCAAGCAGUGUGACUAUGUCAGCUGUAGAAAAGAUGGUCUUGAUAGGCACAUGUUUUCUAAACAUGGUUUAGGGAAAGGAUUCCCAUGUGAGUUUUGUGAUUAUGUCACUGGUAAGAAAUGUUAUCUAACAAAGCACCUGAAAUCCAAACAUGUUCUGGAUUAUGAAAAAUCUAAUACUACAAGUACUGCUACUGUGUCAGCUGACAACCCAACCUAAGCUUUGUUGAGGGGGUUUGAUAAAAUUCAGUUUGUGUGUAUAGGUGGCAGCUGGUAAAUAUCAGAUGAAAUGUGUACUGAUUUAUAGCAGUUAUUUGGUUGAAGUAUUCCGUAUUGAGUUUUCAUGCCACAAUCAAAAUUUGAAUGAGACUUGCAAACUAUGCACCUUCCAUGUCAAGAAAUCAAGGUCUUGAUGCUCUGUAAUCUGGUCGGCCUUCUCAUUUUGUGCCAGAAUUUUUAAUUUUAAAUAGAAUCUUAUUUAGAUGAGAAAAUGUGAGUGAUGCAAAUCAAUUUUUCUGCUCUUAUAAUUGGUACUUAGUUCAAUACAUUGAAAUUUUCAAGAUUAUUUGAAUCAAGUACAUAGUCAUUUUCAUUACUCAGUUGGGGGAAGGGCCUCUCCAAUAAUAAACUUCUUAGUGGCAACAAUAGUAGCGUCCACUUGUAGGCUACUAAUUUAAAUUUGCUAGAUUGAAAUAACAUUUACCAGGUUGAAUAUAGUUGAGGUUUGUGAUAAUGAUUUCUUAAUGUGAAUUUUAGGAUUACAUAUUUGACUUUGAAUUUAAGUUACCCAAUCUUCAGCUAGAGACAACACCUACUCCUGGAGUUGGAAGAUAAUAUGUCUAAGAUAUUGUACUGAUGAUAAAAUACAUGA